AUGCCUUCUGAACUGGUCAAUAACGACACAACUGCUUCUGAUACGCUCAACAUACGUUUAAAGAAGAGUACAAGAUGGACAGGACAGGACAUACGUUUAGAGAACACGACAGGUCAAGACGGUUCAUCGUCAGUUGAUCUCCUCCUACUUCAUCUUAAGAGCAGCUUACAAAAAUUGAGAUUUUCUACAUAUUUCAAGACCAACAUCAUUGCCAUGCUAGUUAUCAACAUCGUUUUCAUCACAACUCUCACACGAGCUCUCAAUGUAGAAUCGACGAAGAGUCUUCCGUAUCCAAAACUUCUCCGACUUUUAGUUGAAUUUAAGAAGUCGUCAAAUUAUUCAGAUUUUACCAAUUCUUAUAAGAAUUGCUGUCAAGAGCUGCCAAUGAACUGUGGAAACGUUUUUAGAAACAGCGGAAAAAGUGGAUUCAAAACCAAUUAUUUUGGUUAG